UGUGUUUCUCAGAGUAAAAAAACAAGAAAUGAGGGAAAGCCUGAAACUCCACUCAGCUGUCGGUGGCUGCUCCACCGGAAGCGAAAAGGAAACAAAAAAAAGUCUGGGAAUCCCGGUGGGACAAGUCCCUUUACAGGUGUAACAUGAUGCAAGCAGAUAAAUGGUGAUGGAGAAAAGGGUGGUGAAUAUGAAACCAAACCAGCUGUUACUGUGCGAGACCCAGCAGACAACAUGCUCAGUAGAAUGUAACCUGAGAACUUCCUGCACCGACAUUAAGGACCAUGGCCGCCUUCCAGCUGCUCUUCCUGCUGUGGGCCAGCUGUGUGGCGGCAUCCGCGCAUCCUUCCCGACACCUCACUCCAUGCCAAGUUGUCCAGAUGGAUGUGUUCUGCAGCGAUUUGAGUCUUAGAAGCGCACCGGUCAACCUUCCUCAGGAAGUGCAAAUGCUGGACCUUUCUCGAAACCAGGUUCAAAACCUCACGCUAGAAACUUUAGGCUUUCACACUGGCUUCCACCACCUGAAUCUUCAUUCCAACAAGAUCCACUUCAUCCAACCAGGACUCUUCAAAGAAAUGAAGGAUCUGAGAGUCCUGGAUCUCUCCAGGAAUCACCUAAAUGUUUUUGCCCUCUCUAAAACAAACAUCGGACCUCUCACAGCCGUGGAGUCAUUAGACCUUUCAAGCAAUGGAUUGUACACAGGUAUGUCAGACUAUUUUCUAACUGAAUCUCCAUCUCUGGUGAACCUUUCCCUGGACAGCAACAGCAUCACAAAAAUAGGACAGAACACCUUCAGUGGACCGUCGUCUUUAAGGAAAAUCAGCCUCCACAAUAACGUCAUCCUGGAGAUAGAAGAUGGAGCUUUCGACACCUUGGAUCAUCUGACUGAGCUCGAUUUGUCCAAGAAUUCAAUCACCUGCAUCAUAGACUUCAAUCUUUACAACUUGGCUGUUCUCAAUCUUAGCAAGAACAGCAUCGAGUUUUUCCAAAGUGCAAAAUCGGAUAAUUUCUUUAGUCUUCGCUCUCUGGACCUGAGUGAAAACAAAAUGCUUUACUUUCCUCUGCUCCCAGAAAAGAAUGCACUUGAAUUUCUGAAUAUUUCACGAAACCAUAUUCAGACACUUAACAGCACGGGGAGUCAAAUGAACGACACAAAUUUAAGACUGAGUCAUUUAAAAUACCUGGACAUGAGUUACAACAAACUCAAAAGCUUACCAGAGACUUUCUUUACCAGUAUGGGAUCCCUCGAAGUCCUCAAUGUGAGUAACAACUGCAUCAGCUCGUUUUCUGUCACGUCUAAAGAUAUUCUGCACAGGGUGAAGAUUAUCAAUCUAAGCCACAAUUCUCUGCAGAGUUUGACUUUUGGGGAGAACUCUCUUCAGUCCCUGAAAAAACUCUUCCUACAGGGAAACGACCUUACAGUCCUAGACCAGCACAUUUUUCAAAGACUGCCAAGCAUCAAAUACCUGCAGCUCCAGCAGAACAAUCUGCAAAUCUGUGGCUCUCCACAAAACCAGCAUGAGCUUACACCAACCGACGAAAACCACCACAGUCCGACUGGUUGUGUGUCCUUCUCAUCUGUUUACAACUUGCACUUCCUGUAUCUCUCUGAAAAUAAUCUGAGGUCCCUCCCUGCAAAGGCGUUUGUGAACACCCCUCUGAAGUUACUAGACGUGUCCCUAAAUCCAGGCUUAGACAUGCACAGGGACGCCCUGUUCGGUUUGGAGCAUUCCUUGGUCCACCUGCUCCUGAGGGAAAACAACAUGUCAAGCCUAAACACAGACCUGACCUUCCUGAAGAGCCUCAAACACGUUGACCUGUCUACCAACCAGCUGAAAACCCUACCGACCUGGAACAAAGAGUCUGCCAUUGAGUCCUUGAACUUGCAGAACAACAACCUGGUCACCCUGGACCAAUCCACCAUCCUUGCCUUGGAGCACUCAUUAAAGACCCUCUACAUGGGCUCCAACCCCCUGAGCUGCUGUGACAACCUGGGCUUCCUCCACAUGGUGCAGCACUCCACCAUCGUCGUUCCCGACAUUGAGACUGUGACUUGCGUCCAUGAGGAGUUUCCAGAGCCUGUGAAUAUUGAAAAGGUGACCCGGGAAAUGUGUCAUCAACCAGACCCCCCAAACUACACAACAGUUGUCGUAGUGACGUUAUUAGUCGUGAUAAUCCUGCUGGGGCUGCUGGUUAAAUGUUUCCAAUCAAGGAGACGGAAGCGCCGCCGAGGCUUUCAUGCAUAGGGAGAACAAUCAAAUUCAGACCGUUGAAGGUUUUAAAUGUUGACGUGUAGUAUGGUGCCUCUCAGAGUCUUCCAUAUGGACUAUUUAAAGCUCUGAGCUGGGAUUACUAAUACACAGCCAUCACUGAUUGACAAAUCAGCUGUCAGUAGAGCACAUGUCUUUAUAUCUCCAACAGGAAGUCGUGGUCGUGGAGUACAGCCUAGAAAACAAAAAGACGAGCUAACGAAGGCCCUAGUUCUUGUUAUAUGUUCUUACAACAGAAGGUUGGACUUUUUGACUGAAUUUUAUAUCGGUUUCAUGCAGCACUCGAAAGCUUCAUUUAAGGAACUCCAGGUUUCAAUCCUCCUGUGCUCACUUCUUCAGCACUUUACAGCAGAGACCCGAAGACUUGGACAGAGAACAGAACCUUUCACCAGCACCAGUGUAGAACCUUAAGGCCAGCAUUUGGAUUUGAUUUGCUUGAAUGAAACAAACGUGCCUCGAUGCCUGAAGCAGCAUUGUUAAAUGCUUGUUUUUAGUACUGUGGUGCCUACCUGACACAUAUUUAUUGAAUGUAGAGUGAAAUAAAGAACCAACACUAAAACACUUUGAGCAGACAGUAGCAUCAGCAGACCAGACUGAAGUACUUUCCAUUGUUAAAACUCAUAUUUUCAGAAAUUAGCUCCUUGGCUUUUGGAUGUAAAUUGAUACCAGUCUCUUAUCUGUAUAUGAAGUUUUUUACAAACCUAAAACUCAGAUUAUAGACAGUGUAAGUUGUACCUGCAAACAACAAAAGGUUGUCACAAAUACAGGAAAUAAUCCAUAAAACAAAAGACAAGUAGGGUACUAACCUUUAAAUCUAAAUUACUCAUGAAAAUGGUAUUAAAAUGUUUAACUCUUAAAAACAUUUUUUAGCACAUAAGGGUCUUAUAUGAGUACUCUUCUUGUAAAGGUGAUAUAUAUUCCUAAAAACCUCUGAUCCAAAUGCUCCUGGUAAAGUUUUCCUAUAAGUUAUCAUGUUGCAAGGUUUUCAGGUCUUAAAGUCCUAGGCAUACCAGGUUUCCAUGAUCUUCUAAUCCUCAUUGAUUUCCAGAUUCAUAAGUUCCUUCAUACUUAUGAUCCGUUUACAUGUAUCAAGGUAUACCGAAGUUUUAAAACCACAAAAUCCUUCUAAUCCUGCAAAUUAUUUAUAAUAAGAGGCCAGGGAAACCUCCCCCACCUGUUGCUGUGCACUCACACUGGCUCUAAGAAAUCUACUUUUGUAUGCCUUUUUUCUCGCUUAAACAAAAACAAAUUAGGCUGUGCUGGAAUAGAUCAAGUAGUGAAAAUAAGUGCUAUAAACAUAUAGUUGACUCUGUGUUUUAUUGCAAGUUAUCUACUUUACUGCAUGUUGUUUUCCUACAACCUGAUUCACAUAAAAUGGAUGUAAUAUGUAAAUAUUGUAAUAUGUAAACAUCCCACCUUACUUUAGACCCUCAGUUCCAGUUUUUAUGCAGAGUCGAUCGUGUGCCUUGUUUAAAUCUAGAAAUAUAGUUAACUGACUGGUAUAUCAAUUAUUUCCAUCUUAUGUGCUAGGCAAUAAAACAAAGCAGCUGAAUUGAUCCUUUAGGGUUGAUCUGACAGCUAAAAGCAACUGAAGGAGCUCAGCACUGAGACAGAUUUCUGUGAGAAGAAAGGAUUUGCUUUUUAAGCUAAAAAUGAGGAAAACAGCACUUCUAAACAAAACAAAAUGCUCUUUAUUUAUAAAGAAGGGUUACAUAAAGGUGUUUAUCCAAAAUGGCAAUAUACCCUCAGUGUAGUUUGCACUUUAAACUUGUGUUUGUUUUGUUUUCUGUUUUUCUGUGACUGUUAACACUAAGAAUAUAGUUUGUAUUCCAUGAAAAUGUAAUUUAUUUUAUCUGUGUGAGUAAGAUUUUCUUCAGCAUGUUGUCCAUGUUGAUACCACAAACCUGGUGCUCUCCAUGUUAAUUUGACAUGAAAAUGUGAAAGUACCUUUUUGGAUGUUUUUAACCUCCAACAACAAUGCCUGUGAUAUUACACACCAGUAAACAUACACUUGUA